GGGGCGGGCGGGGCGAGGCUCGGCGGCCCCGCCGGGCAGGGCGCGCUGCGGCAUGGAUUACCCCGAGCCCGGCUCGCCGCAGGGCGCUUGGGACCUGUUCGGCUCAGCCAGCGGCUACGGCGGCUUCGAGCGGCCGAGCCGCGCCGAGCAGGAAGCGGCGGCGGCAGCAGCAGCAGCAGCGGCGGAGCAGGAGGAGGAGGACGAGGCGGCGGCGGCUGCCCGCGCCCGCCCGCCCCGCCGCCCGCAGCCGCCGCUCCGCGCCGCGCUCUCCACCUCCUCCUCCGAGGGCGACCCCGAGCCGGCGGCGCCGCCGCGGGAGCGCAGCCUCAGCGACGAGGCCGCCGGCGGAGACUUCGACUCGGCCGAGUCCGGAGCGUCGCUGCGGUACUCGACGGGCACGGGCGGCGAGGGCAGCGAGGGCGAGGGCGCGGGGCUGGGCAGCAGCGACAGCGGCGGCAGCGGCUUCUCGCUGGCGGCCACCGCGCUGCCCGAGAGGCGGCGGCCGGGCGGCGGCCGGCCCCGCUAUGAGGUGGUGCGGGAGCUGGGCGCCGAGGAGGUGCGCUGGUUCUACCGCGAGGACCGCAAGACCUGGAAGCCCUUCAUCGGGUACGACUCGCUGCGGAUCGAGCUGGCGUUCCGCGCCCUGGCGGGCAGCGGCGGCGACGGGGAGCCGGCGGCCGUGGAGCCGGUGUGCGUGCGGAGCGGGCUCUACGAGGUGGAUGUGGCCAGCGCAGAGAGCUACCCCGUCUAUUGGAACCAAACAGAAAAGAUCCCUGUAAUGCGUGGACAGUGGUUUAUUGAUGGGACAUGGCAACCUCUGGAAGAGGAGGAAAGUAACUUAAUAGAACAGGAGCAUCUCAACCGCUUCAAAGGCCAGCAGCUGCAGGAGAGCUUUGACAUGGAAGUAUCAAAACCUGUUGAUGGGAAGGAGGCUAUUCACAGUCUAAAGUUGAGUCGGAACCACGUGGACUGGCACAGUGUGGAUGAAGUGUAUCUGUACAGUGAUGCAACCACAUCCAAAAUUGCAAGGACUGUUACACAAAAGUUGGGGUUUUCCAAAGCUUCGAGUAGUGGGACAAGGCUACAUAGAGGCUAUGUAGAAGAAGCCACAUUAGAAGACAAACCACCACAGACUAGUCACAUUGUGUUUGUUGUGCAUGGUAUUGGGCAGAAAAUGGACCAAGGAAGGAUCAUCAAAAACACAGCGAUGAUGCGAGAUACUGCCAGAAAAGUGGAAGAAAAGUAUUUUUCCAACCUUGCAACACAUGUAGAAUUCCUUCCAGUGGAAUGGAGAUCAAAACUGACCCUCGAUGGAGACACUGUGGACUCCAUUACUCCGGAUAAAGUCCGAGGCUUGCGGGAUAUGCUGAACAGCAGCGCCAUGGAUAUCAUGUACUACACGAGUCCUCUGUACAGAGAUGAACUGGUGAAGGGGCUGCAGCAGGAGCUGAACCGGCUGUACACGCUCUUCUGCUCCCGGAAUCCGGAGUUUGAGGAGAAAGGAGGGAAAGUCUCCAUCGUGUCCCACUCACUGGGCUGUGUCAUCACCUACGACAUCAUGACUGGCUGGAAUCCAGUCAGGCUUUAUGAACAGUUGCUGCAGAAGGAAGAGGAGGAGCUGGAAGACCGUUGGAUGAGCUACGAGGAGCAGCGUUUACUUGAGGAACUUUACCUAACUAAACAACGGUUGAGAGAGAUAGAAGAGAGGUUACAUGGGUUAAAGGCAUCCACCAUAGCAAAACCACCUGUCUUAAAAUUUAAGGUUGAGAAUUUCUUCUGUAUGGGAUCUCCAUUAGCAGUGUUUUUGGCACUGCGUGGCAUCCGUCCAGGAAACAGUGGGAGUCAGGACCAUAUUCUACCCAGGACAAUUUGUAAUCGCUUAUUAAAUAUUUUUCACCCAACAGAUCCAGUGGCCUAUAGGUUAGAACCUUUAAUUCUGAAGCACUACAGCAACAUUUCGCCUGUCCAGAUCCACUGGUACAACACGGCAAACCCUCUCCCUUACGAGCACAUGAAGCCAAGUUUCCUCAACCCCACAAAAGAACCUACCUCAGUUCCUGACAGCGAGAGCGCUUCGGCGGCACCGAGCCCGACCACGUCCCCGGUGAUGGUCCGGCGGCACUACGGGGAGUCCAUCACAAACAUAGGCAAAGCCAGUAUAUUGGGAGCUGCGAGCAUCGGGAAGGGCCUCGGAGGGAUGCUUUUCUCGAGGUUUGGCCGGUCCAGCACAACCCCACAGACAAUGGAGACGGGAAAAGAAGGAGCUGAGGGAGAGGACAAGAAGGCCACAACUGUUGGGACACCACCUUUACCCCACAGCAGCUCGGGCUUCCUCGAACCCACAGUGGAACUGGAGCACAGGAUCGACUUUGAGCUCAGGGAAGGUCUCGUGGAGAGCAGAUACUGGUCUGCAGUCACAUCCCACACUGCUUACUGGUCAUCCCUGGAUAUUGCUCUGUUCCUUCUAACCUUCAUGUACAAACAAGACCAGGAAGAGACUGACAAAUCCAAUUUAGACACUAUUUGAAUUUCUGACCGUGGAUGGGAAAGGAACUUUUCAAACCAGUGGCACAAAACGGAUGUUUGACUGCAGAGCUGCAGCGUCCCAAGGCAUGGAGGUUUCAGGUUUAAGUGCAUGUUUGGGGUUUUUUUCCUGUUUCUAAAGAGGAAAAAUGAUUUGUAUUUCGAAGCACUUUAUAGUUUUAAACAUUUUGCAGUGCUUGAUGAGACCUGAAAGGGUUCCAAACUCUUGUUAACGUGGGCUGUGUAAAGAGCCAAAUCCAGCGUGUCCAUCCCGUAAGCACGUCGUGCAGUGUGCUUGGGUGACAUCCUUGCUAAUGACCAUAAUUGCUGUUUAGUUCAUUAAACUGUACAAAAAUUAGUUGAUUUAAAAAUAAAACCCACUAAAUUAAUUUCCAGUAACAAAAAUACAUAGUUCAAUGCAAACCUAAAACUGCCAUGUUCUGAUGUUUUAUGUACUGGUGAAUAACCAAUGGUGGUGUCGUUUUUCCAGGACUUUAUUCAGCUCCACAUCCAAUUAUCCACACUGAAAGCCCAUUCUGACUGCUGGCUUCUGGGGGCCUAUUCUACGUGACACAUUUAGAAAACUAAUGCUGAAGGAAAAAAAAAAAAAAAAGCAUGAGGCAAAUAUUUGAAAUACUGUAAUUAUAAUUUAUUAUUCUCUCUAAUCGUUUCAUUUUAUUCCAGUGUAUAAAACAUGACUUUUUUACUGGUUUCUUUUGGCAUAAUUUAAGAACCACAUUUAUUUUCUACAGUGUUUAAGACUUUUUCUCAGAAAUACAUAUCUUUGUACUACUAUUCAAAUGAAUAUAUGGACACUGUGGCACACUUUAAGUAUUUUUUCAUUAAAAAUAAAUAUUUGUGGUUUCA